AUGGCCAAGUUGCUUCCACUGCCAGACACCUCGUCGUAUGAUCGGGUUGCAUAUCUGGUGGGAAAUCCGAUUGCACAUUCCCGUUCACCUGAGUUGCACCGGACUAUAUAUUCGACAUGGGGAAAGAAUUGGGCUCAGUGCCUAUACGAGACAACUGACCUUGAUGGGUUUAUUAAGUAUCUCAAGAAAGAUGCAAAAUGCAUGGGCAGUGGUGUCACUAUGCCAUUUAAAGUCGCUGUCAUCCCAUACCUCGAUGAGUUGACCGAGGAAGGCAAAGCUAUCGGCGCCAUUAAUACCAUUUUCUUCAAAACAGCAGCCGAUGGUUCUCGAAUAUACUGCGGUACCAAUACUGACUGCGUGGGUAUUCGUGACGCCUUCACCACAAAUGUGAAAAAUCCUCAGUAUCGUGGAAAACCUGGCCUUGUUGUGGGUGGCGGUGGUACAUGCAGGGCAGCCAUUUAUGCACUGCAAAGAUUCUUGGGCUGCUCACCGAUCUAUAUCAUCAAUCGAGACACGAGCGAGGUCGAAUCUGUGCUUGAAGAGUGCCGCAGAAACGGAACAGCAAAUGAUCUGAUCCACAUAUCAACAACCGCACAAGCGAGGAGUGUGCGCGCCCCAGGAGCCGUUGUGAGCGCGGUUCCCGACUUCCCACCUGUUACGGAGAAUGAAAAGACGAUUCGAGAGAUUUUGAAGAUUUUCCUCAAUGGCGGCGAGAAGGGUGCUUUGCUAGAAAUGUGUUAUCACCCGUCACCGGACACUGGCAUCUCCCGACUUGCAUUGGAGUCAGGCUGGCAAUUGAUCGGAGGAAUUGAAGCAAUGCUCGGACAGGGCUUUGCGCAAGCCGUUAUGUGGACAGGCCUCGAAAUCGACGGCACACUGAGAAGCGUCGCAAGACGGAUGGUCCAGGACAGGAUGAAGAUACCACACUGA